AUGGUGCUUCAUGACUCUACUGAAGCACGCCAUGCAUACCAACACUAUGUGCGUACGAGCUGUUUGAUAACAAACUAUACACAGUUUGAUUAUGAAAAUACAGCGUGUGGCAGCAUGAGUGGUCCUGGUGCCACUUGUGUGACUAAAGAUAAAACUAUUGAGGAAUUUCACAUCUCAUAUUUAAUUGGGAAUGGGACACUUGUAAAUCGUGAAAUUCGUUUCAGCUACACUGUGGAACCAGAAUAUCCUAGAGAACUUGGCUCUCGCACUGAAUGUUUUUACAAUCCACAAAAUGUAAUCGAUCUGGUCUCGGGGAAGAUAAUUUCGCAUGCCAAAUGGAGUAUACAUGCCAUCAAGAUUCUUUUUCUCGUUGCUGCUGGAAUGUUGGCUUUCGCCAUCGCCUUAUACACGAUUCCCUGGAUUUAUAAAAAAAGGCAAGAAGCUAGAAAUCACUCAAAUCAUGGUGCUCCAGUACGGAUGAAGAUAAUCAAAUCAACUGAAACCAAAGAAGAUAUCGACGUGAAAACCUAUGUCGCAGAUGUGUAA